GUGCAUACCAGAGGUUGAGAACACAACAACAAGAGCUUCAGCAGCUCCUCAGCAGACGCGUCACCGCGUCACACAGGAGAAAUCACCUCCGUGUUCAUGUACAAAGAUGUAGGAGCGUAGUUAUCAUCUUGUUUUUUUUUUCUUGCCUGUGUUUAAAAAGAGGGGGCUGUGGAGGAAAAAAAGGGGGCGGAGCUUCGGAGCUGGAGAUCUGGUUACACACACACACACACACACACACAUCCAGACUUUUUCAUGGCAGGUUUUUUGGAAGUGGGGGGAGGGCGAGUCUGCAACUUUUUCCUUGGCCUUCAUGCUUUUCUUUUCUUUUUCUUUUUCUUUUUUUUUUAACCAAAUGAAGACUUCAUUUUAAGUCAACUGAGCGCCUGUUUUUGUGUGGAUAAUACGCGGAUUCAACGAGAAACGGAGGAGAAAGAAGAGAAGAAGUGCAGAUUAAAAAACAAGAAAAAAAAAGAAGUGGCCCGGAGAGGAAACUUUGAAGCGCAGCGCAGAUCUUCUUCAAACAUGCCGCGUCUGCAAACUCAUUUCAAACCAAACAAGGGAAUCAUCCUCUCUGGAACUCUGUGGGAACGAGGUCAUUAGAAGUGAAGAAUUCCUUCAAGUAAAUCACUUUUUAUUCGGCCCCUCGCUCUCCUGCUUCCCAAGAUGUCUUCCCACAGUUGGAGCUCCAUUGUUGGAUUUCACUGGAUGCUGUGCUCGCUGCUCGCUGCUGCUGCCUGGCUCCCCGGCUGCGGGGCAGUGUUGUCUCCUAACGGCACCAUGUUUGAGGACAACUGCAAGAAGACGACGACCUGUGAGGCCCUGAAGUACAACACAUGUCUGGGGUCGCCUUUGCCGUACACACACACCUCUCUGGUCCUGGCUGAAGACUCCACCACACAAGAAGAAGCCUUUGAGAAGUUGACCAUGUGGUCUGGACUGAGAAACGCUCCUCGCUGCUGGUCGGUCAUCCAGCCGCUGCUCUGUGCCGUCUACAUGCCCAAGUGUGAGAACGGUCACGUUGAGUUGCCCAGCCAGAGUCUGUGUGUGGCCACACGUCGGCCGUGCAGCAUCGUGGACCAGGAGAGAGGCUGGCCCAACUUCCUCAAAUGUGACCACUUCCCUGUCGGAUGUUCGAACGAGGUGCAGAAGCUGAAGUUCAACACAUCCGGUCAGUGUGAGGCUCCUCUGGUGAAGACGGACAUUCAGUCCAGUUGGUACAAGGACGUGGAGGGCUGCGGCAUCCAGUGUGACAACCCUCUGUUCACUGAGGCCGAGCACAACGACAUGCACAUCUACAUCGCCUACUUCGGCACCAUCACCCUCCUCUGCACCUUCUUCACCCUGGCUACAUUUCUUGCUGACUGGAAAAACUCCAACCGCUACCCAGCUGUCAUUCUCUUCUACAUCAACGCCUGUUUCUUCGUGGGCAGCAUCGGCUGGCUGGCACAGUUCCUCGACGGAGCGCGCGACGAGAUCGUGUGCAAGAGCGACAACACCAUGCGCCUCGGAGAGCCGUCCUCUUCAGAGACACUGUCGUGCGUCACCAUCUUCAUCAUUGUCUACUACUCGCUGAUGUCGGGUGUGAUUUGGUUCGUCAUGCUGACGUAUGCCUGGCACACGUCCUUCAAAGCCCUGGGCACCACCCAUCAGCCACUGUCGGGCAGGACCUCCUACUUCCACAUGGUCACCUGGUCCGUCCCCUUCAUCCUCACUGUGGCCAUCCUGGCUAUCGCCGAGGUGGACGGAGACUCCGUGAGCGGCAUCUGUUUCGUCGGCUACAAAAACUACAGAUACCGUGCCGGGUUUGUGUUGGCACCCAUCGGUGUUGUGCUUGUUGUCGGUGGAUACUUCCUCAUUCGGGGCGUCAUGACCUUGUUCUCCAUCAAGAGUAACCACCCGGGAUUAUUGAGUGAGAAAGCAGCGAGCAAAAUUAACGAGACCAUGCUGAGACUCGGCAUAUUCGGGUUCCUCGCUUUUGGAUUUGUCCUCAUCACCUUCGGCUGCCACUUUUACGACUUCUUUAACCAGGCUGAGUGGGAGAGGAGCUUCAGGGAAUAUGUGCUGUGUGAAGCCAACGUGACGAUCGCCUCUCAGACCAACAAGCCAAUCCCAGAAUGCACCAUCAAGAACCGGCCGAGCCUCAUGGUGGAGAAAAUAAACCUGUUCUCCAUGUUUGGGACGGGAAUCGCUAUGAGCACCUGGGUCUGGACCAAAGCCACCAUACUGAUCUGGAAACGCACCUGGUGCAAGAUUAUCGGCCGCAGUGACAACGAACCCAAGCGGAUCAAGAAGAGCAAGAUGAUCGCCAAGGCGUUUGCGAUGAGGAAAGAGCUCCACAAGGAUCCAGAGAAGGAGCUGUCGUUCAGCAUGCACACGGUGUCACAUGACGGGCCAGUGGCUGGAAUCAAUUUUGAACUGAACGAACCCUCCAAUGAAAUGUCAUCAGCAUGGGCGCAGCAUGUGACCAAGAUCGUUGCUCGACGAGGGGCCAUCCUGCCUCAGGACAUUUCUGUGACUCCUACUGGUACACCAGUGCCACCACCUGAGGAGAGGAACAGACUGUGGAUGGUGGAGGCCGAGAUUUCACCCGAGAUGAUAAAGAGGAAGAAGAAGAAAAAGAAGAGGAAGAAGGAGGUGCGUCCGGUGAAAGAGGGGGCGGAUCACCAGACGUAUCGCCAGCGCGAAUUCGGCCGCAGUUCCGUGCCUCGUUUGCCGAAACUGCCCUGUCACCCGAGCCUGGUCGCCAAUCUACAGGAGCAGCAGAAGCUGGAGGAGGAAGUCCUGCCAGGUUCUUACCCAGACUUCCAAACCUCACACCCUCUGCCCUGCGAGGAGCGAUGUCCUUACCCGCCCUACCAGAGCAACCACGUCAGCUACGGCCGCAGCCUGCGCUCCAAUCGUCUGGCCCUCAGUGAUCGUCCAGAGGAUCUGGGUCUUGGCCCACGCUGUCCCCCCUUGACGUCCUCCUGGCAGCAUCACGGAUCUUCUCACUACCCUCGAGAGGUGGAUCUUACAGACGGUCUAUCAGAGAGGUUGGCCCAUGUGGCCCGAGUACCAGCGGGCCGGAGGACUGGCUAUGGACCAAUCCACUCCCGGACCAAUUUAAUGGAGGCGGAGCUAAUGGAUGCUGACUCUGACUUUUAAGAGAAAAACCACAUCCUUUUAUGACUUUUUUUCUUUGUGGUACACAGACAGUAAGCUAUUAAAAAAAAGUGCUGGAUACUUUGAAAAUCCUUAUUAAAGUGCACCCAAAUGAUGACGUCCAGCCGUCACCAUGGAACUGAGCUGUUCAUUUUCUUUUUUUGUGUUUUUACAGAAAAAAAAAAGGAAAACGAUAAAAUGAAAAAAAUAUGUCGUGAAUAAGUUAAGGAAAAAUACUUUUUUUUGUCAUUUGUGUCAUUAUCAUUUCAAACGGUAAUGCCACAGUGAUGAGACAUGAGGCAGCUAAACUGUACGUGGCGAGGAACGAUAUAUAUAUUCAUUAUAUAUAGUCUGAAACCCUAUAAGCUGUCAGUCACAUGACAACAUUUAUGACGGCCAAUGUUUCGUAUUUCAAUGUUUUACACAGUGGGUGCUACGUUUUAAGUUGCUUUGUUUUUUUAGGUGAAAUGCUAUGAAACUGUUUGAGAGUUUAAUAGUCCGUAAAAUCAGACUUAUAUACUUCACCUUUACAGUUUUUUAAAAACAAAACAAACUACAGGCUGCUUUCAAACACAGGUUCUCCUCUUGUAUUAUAUGUUAUUGUUUGUAAGCCUCUAUUGCUUUCCUCCUCCUACUAUUUAGCCCAUAAGUGUUAGUGUUUAUGUACAGUGUGUUAUCUAACCAUUACGCCCCCAUUGCUUUAUUAGAAUAAAUAUUACUGCUAAACGAGUGCACACUGGGACUUGAAGUGAAGCCAGAAAGAACUAAAAUAAAUGUUAGUUUGACAAAUCAUUAAUGAAUCAACUUCACUCUUUUGACGCCAUUUAAAAAAAACUAAAUGUGGCUUAAACACGUCAUCUGUUGCCUGGUGCAACAAAACCAACACUUGUUGCAGUUAAAUUAGGUAAAAACAAACUGACUGACUUCUCUUUGUAUAUUACAGAAUGAAAAAAAAACCAAUUGUUUUGAUAGGAUUAUUUUUCUACAGCCGUGUUUCUCCUUGUCGUUUAUUUUCACUAUAAACUGGGCUUCAUGUGCGGUUUACUCUCUUCAGUCCAAAUGCAAACUCUUUUUUUCUGGUGGUUUUUACACUGCGGUCAGCACAGAAAUAUAUUCUACCUUCAUUUGAACAACACAUGCUAUUGUUCUGUGGCUUUUUACCCCUCCUUAAAUGUGUUUAUUGUACAUAGGCUGUUGAUAGAUUUCUCAAUAAGGGUAUUAUUUGUACAGAUCUAUAAUGAAUCCCUUGAUACUGAUGUGCUGUUACCAAAAUGUCACUUUGUGUUGUCAUUUCACUCUCGCUGUAGUAAAUGAGGCUUCAGUAGACUGUGCUAGAUCAGGACUUGGCCAAUGAAACGGCUGAAUGUGUCGAGUUACUCGCGUGACAAGUGUUUGACAGACGACUAUUUAUGUUAGCAGUAGUUAGCGCUCCACUAUGAAAUCCACAAUAUAGUCAAACCAUAUCUGUCCAAAAGUGUUACGUUCAAAGACGAUCAGGAAAUGAACGAUCAAUUAGAGAAGUAUGUUACUUUUUAUUCCUUUAAAAGGUAAUCGUCUGUUAUUAAAUGGUAUAAAAAAUGUAUCAUUGGACCUUUUUCAGUGUUGCCCUUAGAUUUCCGCCUGCUAGCUGUGUAAAAAAGAAAGAAAGGAAAAAACACAUUUACUGUCACCUUUUAUUGAGUAAGUGUUUUGUUUUGUUUAUGUUUUUCAUGAAAAUAAAAGUAAGCUGUCA